AACAUCGGCAGCACCCCAGCUCACACUGAGUGGCGCGAGCCGCUGCCUGCCCUCCCCUAAAGCCAUGCCCCCCGCAGAGAAAACCGUCUGUAAAGAACCGCCUCCGCUGCAAGGGACGCGACUGCCGGGUGUAGACACGCCCUGAGCGGCAUCCCCGCUACACAGCUAUGCCGCGCCGGCCGCUCCUGAACCAGCGGCGCGACACACUGCGUCGCGGAGCGCACCGAGAGGUACGUGGGAAACCAAGCACGAGGCCCCAGCCGUGAUCUUCUCUACAGAAGAGGAUAACAGUGCCAAGAAUCUAGAGAGAUGGAUGAGAAGUUUCAUGGACGACUGUCAGCACAUCAAUCCAUCGACUACAGACUGGGAGUCGGAUGUGGAGGAUUCCUCCUUAGUCAUAUUCUAUUUUUCUUCACCCCCAUCCGGAAGAUCCAUAGAAAAGAUGGAACCUCAUCUGGGGCACAGCGUCUCUGUGAAAGGACAUGAGGGGGUGAUAGUGGUGAUCGGGGACAUCGACCCCCCAGAGGAUGGGGUCAGAUCUUUGUGGAAGGAAAGUAAAUAUCCCCAAUGUGAACUGCACCUGUUUACAAGGACAGAGAAGGAAUGGAUUAGCCAAGAUCCUCAACAGCAAGAAAUGGCACGAAAAAUAAGGAGGGUCCAAGACAUCUUAUCUGGAGGUUCUCAGGAGAAGACAAUUCAGAAAUAUAGAAAGAAUGGUCCUGGAAAAGUCUUCUUCAUGCGGGAGUCUGCACAGAGUACGGGGCCCUGGCUGGAGCCGCUGCUGAGGACGGACAAAGUGAAUAUUAUUGUCACUGACAUCUCAAAGAUGAAGAAACUCUUAUCCAAGAACGACGAUGUCUACUGCAUCUUAAACCUCAGCAAAGAAACUCUCCGAAAACCCCCCCAAAAAAACAACAACAUCCUAAGAUUCUUAGAAAAAGGAAAGUAUGAUGUGAUAGUUGUGGUUGAUGAUCUGGAUGAUGAGGAUUCAGAGGAAGAACUCCUGGUGCAGUAUAAUAGAUUAAAGAAUAGACAAGCAGCACCUCUCUUCUUGUUCAGGAGGAAGGAUCAGCAGACAAAAUAUGUCUCAUCCUCCAGUGAAGAAGACAAGAAAAUCCAAGACAAGUGGGCAAAACUCCAGGAAUCAAUCGAGAAGAGAGUGAAGUCCAAGACCCCUGAGACCGAUGACCCCCAAACUAUUAUACCACCUGCGUCUACAGAUAAAAAGACAAAACCUAUAAAGGACCUCGGCACUGUUGGGAUUUUCUCUCGCUCUUCUACCACUGACUACUCCUGGAUGGAGACGCUGCUCAGGUCUGACCUUAGUCCAACCGUCUCCUCCGUCAGACCCUUCUAUAUAUCUAACAACCAGACUGUGCAGUUUUUUGAAGAACUACAAUUCUGCAAGUUUGGUAUUUUGUAUCACACCAAGAACCGAGGCCGAGUGAAUGUCACCGAUGUGACGGACUCUCUGUACGAUGAGGAGCUGGAGACCAUGAGCAUUAUGCUGGACUACUACUACAACUACUACCAUGACUACUACUUCGAUGACGACGCUUACUACGACUCCAACUACUACUUCAACUACUAA